UACACGGAAAUGUGGAGCAGUUGUUGUUGUGAAAACAUGGACGCGGCGAGCGCAGCGACGAGUUUCCUAACAGCGGCUGUAAAACAGCUCGGCGAGCACGGCGCUGGGAAAUGUCACUGAUGGGCUCGCCUGACAGCUGUUCAGUGUCACUUUGAGAGCUCAGCGGACCGGAGAGGAUGGAGCGGCGGCGGCGCUUGUGGUGUCUGUGCCUGCGGCUGCUGCUCGUGUGUGCCGCGGCUUCACAGUGUGCAGGAAGCAGCUCCGUUACUCUCCCUGAAUCUCUGCUUUUUGUCUCUACGCUGGAUGGGAGUUUACAUGCUGUGAGCAAAAAAACAGGGGAUAUCAAAUGGACACUGAAGGAAGAUCCCAUCAUUCAAGUUCCACUUUAUUUGCCAGAGCCAGGUUUCCUCCCUGACCCUAAUGAUGGCAGUCUGUAUGUGCUUGGAGGCAAAAACAAAGAAGGUCUUAUGAAACUGCCCUUCACUAUUCCAGAGCUGGUCCAUUCAUCUCCAUGCAGAAGCUCAGAUGGAAUCCUUUACACAGGUAAAAAACAAGACACAUGGUUUGUGGUGGAUCCCCAGACAGGUGAAAAACAGACAAGCUUAAGCACUUCUUCCUCCGACUCCAUCUGUCCUUCCGCUCCUCUCCUCUACAUUGGACGCACGGAGUACAUGAUCACCAUGUAUGACACAAAAACACAGGAGCUGAGGUGGAAUGCCACCUACAACGACUACUCUGCUCCUCUAUACGAUGAUCAGAAAUACGACUACAAGAUGUCCCACUUUGCGUCCAGCGGGGAUGGCCUGGUGGUGACUGUGGAUCGGGACUCUGGUGAGGUUCUGUGGAUGCAGAAGUUUGACUCGCCAGUGGCUGGGUUCUACUUAUGGACCCAAGACAGCCUGCGCCGAGCGCCACACCUGACUGUAGCCACAGAAACUCUGAGAUACCUUACAUUCACCUCCCAGAACACUCAGUCUCACACCAUGAAAUGGGCCUACCAGUUCACCCAGGAGCAGCACAGCACCAAGACCCACCUUGUUCCUACACUGUAUGUUGGGAAGAUGGAUUCACAUCUUUAUGCCUCCACUUCGCUUGUGCAUGAAGGAGUUGCUGUAGUGCCUCAUGGUCUCACUGUGGCACGGAUUGAGGGGCCAAUCACGGCUGAUGUAACAGUGGGGAAUGGGCGGAGCGAGUGUGAAAUCACACCAAGCACUGACGUGAAGUAUCCGCCAGGAAGCACCAACCCUCUGCAGAACCAAUGGCUGCUGAUAGGCCAUCAUGAAGUCCCACCUCUCGCUCACACCACCAUGUUGAGAGAAUUCCCGGAUAAUCUGCAGCGUUCUGGUGAUGUCAUCCCUCCUCGUGGUUCUUCUUCCUCAUUUCGAUCUGGACCUCACCCAUUGCCCCCAGUAAACCGUGAGCGGUCUUACCCUGUGCUGCCUGACUCCCUGACGUCUGACCCUGUGACCUUGGUUGUGGUGACGCUGCUGCUUGGGGCAUGGCUGGCCUUCUUGCUCACCUUCACAUGGCAGGUCAGAAAGCCCCAGAGAUCUGUUCAGCCAGUGGAUUCUAGACCAGUGACCGAUCAGACCAGUCAGACCAGUCAGCUCAUUCCCACAGCAACGGACACGGCCCCCUCAUCCACUCUCAGCAGCAGCAACCACUCAGACCGAAGUGGCUCAGUCUCAUCCAAUCACAGUCAGCCUCUGUCAAGCACUAAAGACUCCAACCCACCAAGGACACCCAGCCAAUCAGAGACUCAGCCUGAUGUGGUAGAAGUUGGUAAAAUCUCCUUCAGUCCUGCCGAAGUGCUAGGACAUGGGACAGAAGGGACGUUUGUGUUUCGGGGUCACUUCGAUGGGCGGCGUGUUGCUGUGAAGCGGAUCCUGCCAGAGUGUGUGGAGUUUGCUGAGAGGGAAGUGCAGCUGCUGCGGGAAUCCGACGAGCACCCCAACGUCAUCCGCUACUUCUGUACUGAGCGCGACCGGCAGUUCACUUACAUUGCCAUUGAACUCUGCGCUGCCACUCUGCAGCAGUAUGUUGAGGACCCAGUCUGCCCGUAUACCACCUUGGAUCCAGUGACUCUGCUGGAACAGACUAUGUGUGGCCUCAAUCACCUGCACUCCCUUAAUAUCGUUCACAGAGAUUUAAAGCCACGGAAUAUUCUUCUCUCACUUCCGGGAGUGCUCGGUCGAGUGCGAGCAGUGAUCUCAGAUUUCGGCCUGUGCAAAAAGCUUCCAGACGGUCGCCAUAGUUUCAGCUUGCGCUCUGGGAUUCCGGGGACCGAGGGCUGGAUUGCUCCUGAGUUGCUUGUCAAUGCCCCUAAAGGAAACCCAACAAGUGCAGUGGAUGUGUUCUCAGCUGGCUGUGUGUUUUAUUACGUGGUGUCCAGAGGCCAGCACCCCUUCGGGGACACGCUGCGGCGUCAAGCAAACAUCCUCUCUGGAGCCUAUAGCCUGGAGCACUUUAUGGAGGAUAUACACGAGGAUGUGAUCGGGAGAAAUUUGAUUGAAAAAAUGAUUAGUGCUGAGCCCGAGUCCCGCCCGUCCACAUCUUCCAUUUUAAAACAUCCGUUUUUCUGGAGCCCAGAGAAGCAGUUGCAGUUCUUUCAGGAUGUCAGUGAUCGUAUAGAAAAGGAGCCGGCAGACAGUGCUAUUGUAGUGCGCUUAGAGACAGCCGGUAGAUCGGUGGUCAGAACCAAUUGGAGGAUGCACAUAUCAGCGCCCCUACAGGCUGAUCUGAGGAAAUUCCGGACAUAUAAAGGCAAUUCUGUCAGAGACCUGCUCAGAGCUAUGAGAAAUAAGAAACAUCAUUACCAUGAGCUCCCACCAGAGGUUCAGACAGCACUCGGUGAAGUCCCAGAAGGCUUCGUGGGGUACUUCACCUCCCGUUUCCCACGGUUACUGCUGCACACACACUAUGCUCUGAGCAUCUGUGCCCCAGAGAGACUCUUCCACCCCUACUACCACCAUUAAACUAAGCCACAUACGAAAACGCUCUGCACUACCUCCUACGUCCCCAGACGUGCAUAUGAUCUUUUACUGAAGAAUGCAUUUAUUUUACACUGAAGUGAGUGAAGAUGAUGGGAAAAGCCUGGACCUGCGACAUUUUAUAGACACUUUUAAGUGAUUCUUCGCUCCAAAUGAGCACGUCACUGGUUCAGAUCGAAUGAAUGUACUGCUAAGCCUCUUCCUUCCUGUGGAACUCCUGAGAUUUCUUGCCAACACAAUGAUGGAGGACUUUGGCAGCUGCUUUUUCUUCCUCUUCUUUUUUUAAAUUAUAAACUUGCGAACGGCUGUGAGGAUGAUGAUCCCACUUUCUUUGUGCCUUCCGUUUCGAGUGUUCUGAAGCAGAUCUCGGGUCAGAUUAGCUAAACUAAGAGUGUACUGGAUGAUGGCCUGGGUCAUUUUUAUAGGACUUUAAACAUGGAAUACCAAGAUCAUUACGGGCUCUAAAGUGUGCUCAAAGAAUUUACAGCUGUUUUUAUUGUUCAAGUGGAACAUUUGGAGGGCCGUGGGUGCUGUUUUUGCCAUGGCAGUGUAAAGUCACUGUGCCUCUGGCCCCUCCCAAUGGCAGCCGGUGGCCUCCCUCUGGAUAUUUAAUUAGGUAACAGCCGAAGCUACGUGCACUGAUUUUAAAAGAGCGUAGUCGGCAUACUUUUUCAGCACAUAUGAUCAUUUAAUGUUCCUCAGAAGCGUCUGAGAUGACAUCACCAAGAACUUGACUGCCAGUGGUUGUAUUCUUAAUAUGACUUUCUAUCUUCAUAUGAUAUUUCAGCCUAGUCUUUAACUGCUGCAUUUGUAUCAUACUCAGUUACUAUAGGCAAUCAAUUAGAAGUGUCUCCUUGUAGUGAGAAAAGAACAGAAAACCCAUCGAGUCAAAACGCAUUGACAUUCAUAGCCGUUGGGCGGAUACUAAAUACUAAAUAAGCCAUUGUAAUUUAAGCGAUGGAAUCAGAGGGAAUGUGCUACGAUGUUAUUCACGUUAACGUACGUUAAGCCUCAAACAUGCUUUAAUGUUGGCAAAUACACCUAAAAUAGUUCUCUUUUGCUAUAUGGAGCCAGAAAGGUGUUACAAUAUCAGGUUCAGUUCAGCUUUUUUCAAUACAGGUUGACUCAAAAAGAUUCAUCCAAUUUCAAAAUGAUUUAUUUCCCUUGUAAAUCAUUACAGAUCAAUGCAGUGAACUGUAAAUGGUUUAAAUGAGCAUAAAGUUUAUUAUGUCAUUUUUACAAGUGCUCAGCAUGAACCUCCUCAGCUGUACGGACAUCAUCAACAGCGUAGUCUAAUCCAUCCCAUACUGGAUUGAGCAUACCGGGUCGCUGUGCGAUUUCAGAGAUCAUCCAGUGCUCUGGAGCCAACGACGAACACUCUGAGCUGUUGGAGGUUCACUGCCCACGAAAAUCACGCUGCACCGUUACGACGGAUUCACUCUUAUUGAAGUGGAGAACGCAGAACGCUUCCUCCUCACAUACUAAAGGGAGCCAUCUUCCAGUCAGAAACUCUAUGACCCCCUCCUUCAAUUGGAUUGUGAUUGGUUCCUCGGCGCCUCACAGUUGUAAAAAUAUGGCGCUUUGAAAUCAGAUGAAUCUUUUUUAAUCAUCCUGCGUUUACCUAAGUGUUGUUUUAUUCCAGCCAGUCUGUAGAGCAUCUUACAGCUCAUCUUGGUUGCCGUUUUAUUCUGGUUCAUUCCAGUUUAGUUUGGAUACAGGUCAAAUAUCUUAUAGUCGUUAUAUAUAAUCUUGUGUCCAUUUUCUGUUCAGAAGCCAAGAAGAUUAUGGCUUCUACUGUAAAUCAGUGUUUUUUUCUGAAUAGGAAGCACUGAAAUGAUGGUCUAUGGUAAUUCACUGUAUAGUACAGAAGCAGUAAAAGCUUAGGCUGAUGAAAUGCUGUAUUCCUUUAAGUGCAUUUAAUGGGAUGAUGGACAGGGUUUCACAAUUCUUUAGUUCAAAUUAUUAAGACGAUACAAAGCAGAGGCUUCUAUCCGUUUGGUGAUGAUCCCAACUUUUAUACUACAAAUCCAAAUGUGUCAUUUUAUACCAGCCAAAGAAAGAGCAGGUCAACCAAUGGAUACACGUUACAGGAGGAGUGUCAUGAUUUUUCCUGAAGAAUCAAUGAGAGUCCAGUCUACUUUAGCCCGACUAAAGAUUGGGAGGGCUUGGCUUAUCUCUAAAGGUCACUGGAGAUUUGAAAGGAAAAUCUUAACAAGGGCCAUCUGUUCCACUUAAACACCAGUAAUCCCAAGUGGGACUACAGUUAGCCUGUUUGUUAAAUUGGUCUAGUUGUGGUUUGGACAUUUCACACCGCCUGUGUAAUUUCAGCAGACUACUGAGUAAAACACCCCUUUAGAUCAACAUACAGCUAAAGAUACACAGAAGCAACAGAUCAAAUAGAAUCAUAUGGCUUUUGUGUUUGUUCAGACUAAAUCUGUGAUUCACUUCAAGAACAAUGGGCCUCAUUCACUCUCUUAGGUUUUUUCUUAAAUGUGUUCUUGAGAAAGGUCCUAGGAACAUGUCAGAUUCAUAAAAUGACAUGUUCUUAAACCACAGAACUGUUGACACCUUUAUGCUGUUUGAGUGUGUGCGCUUACCCAAGAACAAAUCCCAGAUUAACAAAUAUUCACCAAUAUCAGAAUCUUAACACCUGUUAAUGGGUUUUAAGACAUUUCUUCUCAAGAAUGGGGGUGAAUGAGGCCCAUUCCUGGGCAUUUUGGAGGGUUGGAUGACAUAUUGCAAGAAAAUAGUGUUACGCUGGUAUACAGAAUCACUGUUGGUUGAUGAAGGGCGCUCAGUUUAAGGGACAUCCAUGGCUUUUGUACACUGUAGCAGUACCACGGUGUAACACAGCGCUAAUGGAACCACCCGCUUUCAUCUUUUCAGACUGCUCACCAUUUUGAUACUGCUAAUUGAAUCGCUGUAUGAAGCUAUAUUACAUAAUUGCACUAUGGGCCUCAAGACUGCAUACAGCUUUCAUAUAGAUCAAUUCUAUCCAAAACUCAAAGGCCUUCGAGGAUUGAUAUUAUUCAGAGGUGUGUCGAAGAGAUAAAAUAUGCUAGUUUGUGAUUAGCUCUACUCUCAACUGGCCUUCUAAAAGAAAAAGACAGAAGCUGAUCCUAAAUCGGCAUAUGCAGCACAUUCCUUCCGUUUUAAAUUACCUAAGGAAUGCAAUUUUAGACUGAGUGACUGGGAAAAGAAUCUUCUAGAAGAACUGCCUGAAAUGUGACCGGUACACACCCAAGACUUUGCAGUGCCCUUAUAUUUUGAACCCACACCCACUAGUGUCAUACAGAAUAUUCAGAAAAACGUUUGUUAUAACUACCCAUUGGUUGCACUCCUAAGAUGUGAUCUGGUAAAUUCCAACCAACCAACCAAUAAAUAAAUAAAUAAAAGUUUCUUGUGCAAAGAGAACAUGUUUCUAAAAA